AAUUGUCAUUGAGGAUUGUACAUGUUCUCUUGAGUCCAGCGCGCGCACACACACACACACACACACACACACACACAGUCAUGGCUCCAGAGAAGACGAGUAAUGGGCUGGACAACUACGCAUUUACUGGUGACGGUGCGGACCGCUUCUGUGAGUUGCCAGAGAAUAAAAAUGGAAACGAUGAUUUUUCAGAGGAGGGAGAUGGUGACAAACUAGCAUAUUGUGUCACAGAUAUCCCACCAUGGUACCUUUGCAUCAUUUUGGGGAUUCAACACUGUCUCACAGCGUUUGGUGGCAUUAUCGCCAUUCCUCUGAUCCUGUCUCAGGGUUUGUGUCUACAGCACGAUGGACUCACUCAGAGUCACCUCAUCAGCACCAUUUUCUUCGUGUCGGGGUUGUGCACUUUACUGCAGGUCACGUUUGGAGUGAGGUUACCCAUUCUCCAGGGUGGCACUUUUACUCUUCUAGUACCCUCCAUGGCUUUUCUGUCAAUGCCUGAAUGGAGCUGUCCGGCCUGGACACAGAAUGCCAGUAUGGUGAACACCACCUCACCAGAGUUCAUCCACGUUUGGCAGAGCCGCAUGCAGGUGCUUCAAGGGUCCAUCAUGGUGGGCUCCCUGUUUCAAGUGCUGGUGGGAUUCUCGGGUCUCAUUGGCCUCUUCAUGCGUUUCAUUGGCCCUUUGACCAUUGCACCAACCAUUUCACUCAUUGGCCUGUCGCUGUUUGACUCCGCUGGCAUGAACGCAGGAGACCACUGGGGUAUCUCUGCCAUGACAACAUGUUUAAUAGUGAUAUUCUCACAGUAUCUCCGGCAUAUCGCCAUCCCCUUCCCCUCAUACAGCCAAGACAAGAAGUUCCACAUCAGCAGGAUGUACAUAUUUCAGAUUCUGCCUGUCCUGCUGGGAAUCACUCUAUCGUGGUUGAUUUGCUACAUCCUGACCAUCUACAAUGUCCUGCCAUCAGACCCUGAGCAGUAUGGUCAUCUGGCACGGACUGAUGUUAAACGAGAUGUGACUGGAAGAGCGCCUUGGUUCAGAGUUCCCUACCCAGGUCAAUGGGGUGUGCCAUCUGUGAGUCUGGGAGGGGUUUUCGGGAUCCUGGCAGGGGUCAUUUCCUCGAUGAUCGAGUCAGUGGGUGAUUAUCACGCCUGUGCCCGAUUAUCAGGUGCCCCUCCACCACCCAGACAUGCCAUUAACAGGGGCAUUGGUAUUGAAGGCAUUGGCUGUCUGCUGGCAGGUGCUUGGGGCACCGGCAAUGGAACCACCUCCUACAGCGAGAAUGUCGGAGCGUUGGGAAUCACCAAAGUCGGCAGUCGCAUGGUGAUUGUGGCCAGCGGGUUUAUAAUGAUCAUAAUGGGAGUGUUUGGGAAAAUUGGAGCCAUCUUCAGCACAAUACCGACUCCUGUGAUUGGAGGGAUGUUUUUGGUCAUGUUCGGGGUAAUUACUGCAGCAGGAGUUUCAAACCUACAGUACGCCGAUAUGAACUCUUCACGCAACAUCUUCAUCUUUGGAUUCUCCUUGUUCACUGGGCUUGUGAUUCCCAACUGGAUACUGAAAAAUCCCACAGCCAUUGCAACAGGUGUUGUUGAACUGGAUCAGGUGCUUCAAGUACUUCUCACAACCAGUAUGUUUGUUGGAGGAUUCUUUGGAUUUCUCCUUGAUAACACGAUCCCUGGAACAAAGCAUGAACGGGGCAUCGUCGCGUGGAACAGUGCUCACCAAAACGAGUCUGAGAACGCACUGGAAAGUGACGAUGUGUACGGGCUACCCUGUGGAAUGACUGCUCGUUUCUUGACUUUCUCCUGGACCAAAUAUGUGCCUUUCUUCCCUUCACACAAAAACCCCUCACGGGAUGACACGCCGUCCAGCUUGGAUUCUCUGGACAUGAAAACGGAGCCGAACAAAGAUGGUUCACACAUCAUAGUUGGCAUGGCAUUAUAGUCUGUGAUGAGUACUUGUGUUCAUCUGUGUACGGGUGAUGCAGAAAAGGCUCCUUUGACUCCUGAAUCACCUGCUGAGGUGUAAUGACUCACUGAACUGAGAAGGCAGCUACUCUGAUUCACUGAACAAAUAUCUUAUAUUUCUAAUCUGCAGCAGUACAGUUCAAACACAUAUCGCUCUAUUUUCAUGUGUAUGAACACUGGAUAAAGCAAAGUACUUAAUUCUCUGUAAACAUAGUAUUAAUAAGGACCAUUUUAAUGUUUAAUGUUAUUUAAUGUUAAUAUUGUUAAUGGUGCCUUUGGGGGUGAAAUAAGGAAGUGCUUCAUUUAAUAACAGAAAACAAUGGCAAACUUUAUCUAAUCACCAUGUUUUUAUGUCUCAUGUUUCCCUUUGUUAAAAUGCUCAGAAUUUUAAAAUAAAAGAUUAUAUAGCUGACAUACUGAAUAUUGUUCAUAUAUUUUAUGUUUUGUUGAAAUUGUUUUACUAUUAUAAAUCUAAAAUCGACAAAAUAAUUUUUCUC